AAGGACAAUGGUGAGAGGACUCAGACUCCCAACCCACACGAGUGGCUCCCUUUUGAGCCCUGUGCUUGCGUCCCCCAACGCCACACCCUCUCCUGUGCAUAUCAGUCUUGGAGUGAGGCCAGCACGGAGGCACACCUCACAGGUGUGGUGUGUCAAAGAGCAGGAGAAGAGUUGGUUGCCUUGUAAAAAUGUUGUGUAGGUCUCCUUCCUCAAAACAUCUGAAGAAAGCAACAACAGCAGCUCAUUGCAUUCUUUUUUCCUGUUUUUACCUUCGGGUUCUUCUUUGAAGAAGGGAAAUGGCUUCAGAUGAGGUGAUACCCAUAGGUGGCAUUGGGUUCUUUGCUGGACAACUGCUGCCUUCAUUCGUUGGAUCUUCUUCUCCCUCUAGCUCUAGGGAGAAGGGAUGUGCGAGCAGUGGUGAGCAAGCUUGGGGAUUUCAGUGUUUUGUAGGGGGCAAGGAGUGCCAUGAGGAUGAGAAGAGAAGUGACCAAGGUGAGGAAGCUGAUCAAGCAGGCGAUGGCAGUUUCAAUCUUGAGUGCGUCCAACAGCAGAAGCUUUGCGUCAGGGGUCACUGGAGGCCAGCUGAGGAUGCCAAACUCAAGGAGCUUGUCUCUCACUAUGGCCCUCAGAACUGGAACCUGAUUGCCGAGAAGCUAGAAGGAAGAUCAGGGAAGAGCUGCAGGUUGAGGUGGUUCAACCAGUUGGACCCGAGGAUUAACAGAAGUGCCUUCGCCGAGGAGGAAGAAGAGAGACUUUUGGUCGCUCACAGGCUUUACGGCAACAAAUGGGCACUGAUUUCCAGGCUCUUUCCCGGGAGGACAGACAACGCAGUGAAGAACCAUUGGCAUGUGAUCAUGGCAAGGAAGCACAGAGAGCAAUCUGCCUACAGGAGGAGGAAGACCUCCGCUCUCUCUUCCUUAGACUCCCCCUUGCUCUCACCUCACGCCAUUGCCUCCGACGGAAUGGAGUUGUGCAUGCCCAUUAAUGCUUGCAAUGGCGAUUCCACCAUCACCAACGCCAGAAACGAGUCUGCCUCCACCGGCACAGACCUCUCCCUCAACUCCUUCCCCAGCACUUUCCCCGCUUCCCGUUGUCCUUCCCCAGCCCAGCUCUUCCCUCCCUGUGAUAUCUUCAGCGAGUUAAAUGUCUCCGGAAUUGCCCCUAUGGGCAUGGAGGCAGAGGUUUCUGCAACUGUUGCAGUGACCUUCCGCUGGAGCAAUGCCUGGCCACAAGGGGAAGCAGAUGAUGGAAGAAAGAAGAUCAGGAUACCCUUUAUUGAUUUCCUCGGCGUUGGCGCGACAUAGGAGAGGAGUAAAAGAUCUUCCACACAUUUCGAGUGUGGAAGAGAAGGGAAAUUUUUGUGGACGCAGCGAAGUUACUACUCUCUUUGCUGCUUAGAUCUUUAAUUAAUGUAUGCACUUUCCCGUUAAGUUCCUAGUAAGCUCCCGUGUUCACAGAUAUAUAUGAGGCAGGCCAGGCAGUCGAUAUAUGAACAUGCAAACAUAGAUUCAAGCUUGCUAAGCAAAGUGGCAUGAUUGC